AUGGCAGAGCAGCAAGUGAGGAAGCUGUGGGAAGAACAUCCAGAGCUGAAGGGGGAAGACAUGGGAAAAGAAGCCAUGAGAGGACCCGAGGCGGAUGUGAGGAGCAUACCAGCAGAGGCGGCGUGUAACCAGGGGCAAGGUGACCUAUGGUUCGCUCUAUGGGAAGGUCUGGUGAGGGACCCGGCCAAGAAGCAGGAAGAAGCAGCGAGGGAGAGCAAGGAAGAGGGGGAAUGGGAGUGCCUGACAACAGGAGAAGGACUGGAGCAUACAGUGGGAGAUGCGAUGAGUAAGAAAGAACAAAAGGCCGUGAAGACAGUAAAGGGGAUUAAGGGAGAGACAUGGGAAGAUGAGUCGAUGGAGCCAGCAACACAGGUGCUGAUAGAACCAGCGGGAAUGAGAGAGAUUGCACUGAGCGAGAGGCAGCACGCGUGGGUGGCAUACGACGGCACAUCCCAGUCACUGGAGGUCUAUCUGGGCGGCAGCGACGGCAUAAAGCCCGAGGAGCCGGUGCUGCGGGCGUCGCUUGAUCUUGUGGCUGUCAUUGGUGCCACGUCAGCAUCUGUGGGGUUCACAGCUGGCACGUGGUGGUGGGGAUGUGGCGACACGGACGACCACCACCUCAUCCAUUCCUUCGCAUUCAACACUGUGUCCCCCGGGUUCCUGCCGGCAGCACAGCCCACACAGGCGCCCACCUGCGAAACCACCGCCUCCUCUCUGCACUGCACUGGCUUCGCCGGCUCCACCCCCUUUGACCUCAAUGGCUACGCGCAGCUCGGCCCGGCGCCGCACUUCCCGCUCUGGCUCGACUCGUAUGAUUCUGUCGGCUCUGCGCUCUCCCUCGCGCCCCUCUCCCUCCUCACCGCUUCCGCCCGCUCCUCCGCCUUUGAAGCCGCCUUCUCCUUCACCUUCCUUGCUGAUGCCUGCGCUGCUAUCCCGGUGACGGGUAGAGGAUUCACCUUUGUGCUCACCAGCGGCCCAGCAACUGCUGUCGGACCACAAAACGCAAGUUCCCUGGGCUAUGGGUCAGCAGGAGGCGCGUUCCUCAAGAGUGUGGCAGUGGAGUUCCGCCUGUGCCCCAUACCCUGUAUAGCCGUCUCCUCUAAGGGAGUCGUGGCGGGAGACGGUUGUGCUGGAGCCGAGUUCUACACUGUUCUGCCCCCAGAGAAGGCCUUCCCACUCAACACCCAGCAGUACGCCUGGGUGAGCUACGAGGGGGCCUCUCAGACCCUCAACGUGUUCCUUGGGGGAUCGUCCAAGGUCAAGCCAGGUGUACCAAUGCUCACUGCCCACGUGGACAUUGAAACCAUCCUCGGUGCCACGUCAGCGUCCGUGGGGUUCACAGGUGGCACGUGGUGGGGGCAGGAUAUGGCGAGUGAACGACACAUCAUCCACCAGCUCAGCUUCGUGGGAGGAACUUUCCUGGAAACGACCAACGUAACGGCAGAGCUGACGAGCGCCUUUGCAUACUCCAACGAAACGGAUCUUUCCCUCUUCACCACCACCACACCCUUCACCACCACUCCCACCACCACCACCACCGACACCACCACCGCCACCACAACCACCGCCACCUCUUUCUCAUCUACCGAUGCUCUUGCCACCAUCGGAACAGCCGGGGGGGCGGCGGUGCUGUCAGAGUUGUCUCCCGAUGCCACGCGCGGCACAGUGGAGUUCCGCUUCACCGCCACCACCGCCUCGGGGCCGCAGUCCUUUGUGGGGCGCCGCCGCAUCGUUGCUUCCCGCCCCGUGGUGCGAGCACACGUGUACGUGUGCAACAUGGAGGAUCGACCCAUGGCUGACGUGGCAGUAACGGCACGCAUCACCUACCCCAACGGCACCGACGCCUCGCACUGCUUCGUCUUCAGCAACCCGCUGCUGCAGGGGAUUGACGACGUCAGCGGUGCAGGCACCCUCCCUCCUGCCACAUCAGCGGGCGUUGAUUGGCUGCUCCUCGCUCUGGACUGCGCCGCGCCUGCCACUCCCACCAACUUCAAGUUCGCCAGCACCCUGCACUACGUCCUGCCUGCAUCAUCAUCCACGUCAUCAUCCACUGCGACUGCCACGUCAGCACCAGCAUCCGAACCAGCGCCAGUGGUUAAGAAGGUGGAGCUGACGAGUGUGCGAGUGACGGUGGUCCCUUCACCCAAGCUGCAAGUGCACUACUUUGUGCCCCGCCACGUGCAAGGAGACGACCUCACCACUCCUCAGGUGGAGGCACCAGUGCCAGUGACGCUAGCAGCACUCUUCCACAACUCGGGUCACGGCACAGCUGCUGCUGUCGCCACACAGUCACUGCUGCCCACCGUUGCCACCACCACCACCACCACCACUGCCGGCGCACCUGCCGCUGCUGACGUGGGCACUACUACUACAACGGGUGACACGAGCAGCGCGGCAAUGAGUUUCAGCAUCACCAGCACAGUGCUGGGCAAUGAACCGCAGCCGGCAUCGUUCUCUGUGAAGGUGGGCAGCAUCCCUCCAUCUGCUACAGCCAUGGUGCGCUGGACCAUAGAGGCCAGCCACACAGGAACAUUCGAUACAGUCACCACCACCAACACCACCUCCUCCUCCCCACUCACCGGCCUCUCCCCCAUUCUCGAGUCGGUUGACAUUCACAACCUCGUGCACGUCGUCUAUCUGCCCGACGCUGCUUCAGACGACGGGCUGCCGGAUUUCCUGGUGGACGACAAUGGGGACGAGCAGCCGGAGGCCAUCUACAGCAGCGCUGGUAACUGCGUGCUGCCCGUAACCGCCGUGCCUUCCGCUGCUCUCGCGCCUGGCCGCCUGCUCUUCACCAGCGAAACCCGCGCCAAGCUCACUGUCACUGUGGACUGGUCUGCCUUCCCACCAGCGGCAGCAGGAGGGUGGGCGCACAUGUCAUUUGCCUCGCAGCUGCCAUCGCACUGCUGGAAUCUCACCGCUGCUCUCCGAUCCAACGGCUCUCAGCUGCCCGUGCCCUUCAACGCCUGGUCCUCCUUCUCCUCCCCCGGUGCUCCCACUGGCACCGCUGCUGCCCCUGCCCCUGCCACUUCAACUUCCACCGCCCCUGCUUCUUCCCCCCCUGCUUCACUUUCUUCUGACACCACUCACAUUCUCGACUUUGUCUCCUCCCCCUCCUACACUCUCUUCUUCUCUUACUUUGAUCAGACCCUCUCCUUCCCCCACCUCUCCCCCUGCUUCCAGGCACCCCCCUCGGCCACCUCCAAACCCCUCUCCUCCCCCCCGUCCCCCUCCAAAUCCUUCUCCCCCUCCCCGCCCCCCUCCAAGCCCCCCCAAACCCCCUUCUCCUCCCCCUCGCCCUCCCCCGAACCCCCCACCAAAGCCCCCCUCACCACCACCCCCCAAACCCCCGUCUCCCCCACCUCGCCCCCCGCCCAACCCUCCCCCGAACCCACCCCCUCCGAAGCCCCCAUCCCCUCCCCCUCGCCCUCCCCCACGCCCGCCCCCGAGUCCCCCACGCCCGCCCCCACCCCCCAGGCCUCCUUCCCCCCCGCCUCGCCCUCCCCCACGCCCGCCCCCAAGUCCCCCACGUCCGCCCCCACCCCCCAGGCCUCCUUCCCCCCCGCCUCGCCCUCCCCCCCGCCCUCCCCCAAGCCCGCCCAAGGUUGUCUAGGACGCUCCGCUUACAUCGCCACGCCCAUUGGCAAAGGCAUCCGGCUAUGGCAACCCCCUGACAUUGCCCCACACCCUCACCACACCACGCACAUCCCUGGGAUGGGAACGCCAGGCCCGACCAACCGUUCCUCUGGCUUCUGUUUCACCCACUCCCUAUUUGCAAACUUUGCCCUCUUUAUCUGUAGGAAAAAGGA